AUGGACCCAUCCGUGAGACGGGAUCCGGAGCUGGAGGGUUCCGCGGAGAGCUCGCUACCGCAGCCUGCGCCUGCCGGGCCUCGUCCGCGUCUCCCUGCGCACCCCUCCGCGAGCGAGCCCGUGCACCACUUCGAGCGGGUUCAAACGCUUCCCCAUCGUCCUGCCGCGCGCCCCGCCUCGCCAGAGUAUUCGUGGGCGCCUGCUCGUGUUGCGUCGAACCGCCCGGACGGUCAGCCGCGGCAGGAGCGCGGGUGCUCGCCUCUGCGGCACCCUCAACAGCCGCCCUCUCCUCGCCGCCCUUCUCCUGAGCGUCGCGAGCACUAUCAGCGCGGGGAGGGGGGUAAGCGUUCUCCUGCACGUCCUCGCUCCCCUUGCCGCCCAUCCCCUCGUGGUCAGGCAGGCCAGCGCUCCCCGCGAGCGCGAUCCCCCGCGCAACAUUCUCCUCGGCGAUCUCCGGCGACGCGGGGGAGGGGGUCGCCUGGUCGUCGCUGGGAUUCGGGUCGCCGCGAGCAGUCCCCCCCGCGUCCACAUUCGGCUGGUUCCGGGGGACGGCGGGGCUGGCGGAAGGGCGGAGGGCGAGGCGGGAAUGGCAACCAGCCUGAUCCAGCCCUCGAUCAUGCUGCGGACACGUUCGUGGAGGUGGUGAGGCAGGCCCGGGCGAGUGGGGCGCCGACUCACGUCCAUAUUGAGGUGACCAACGGUCCCCCCUUCGCCGCGGACCCAGGCCAGGUCGCUCCUCUGCGUGCGCCGACGCUGCGCGAGUAUCAGCCCACGCGUGAGGGGAGGGCUCAGUUCCGCACCCCCCGUCAGGUUCCCGGCUUCUCUGCGCCGCGCUUGGCUGUUGGCUGGACUCCUGGCUGGCCGGCGGCGUUUCCGCGCGAAGCGCAGACUGCACCUCUCCCCACUCGCGCGGGGAGAGACCCCAUGCUGACCAUGUGCCGGGUUCUGAAUCUGGCGGAGGCGUGCGAGGUGGUGGCGAACUUGCAGCUGGCAGUGUGUGGGGCCACGAGGAGCUUUCCGAGCAGUUUUGGUCCAGGGACCCGAGGAUCCUGCGUGACUUUGGCAGAAUCACUUGAGUCGCCGCUGGCACCCGUGUCGGACGCGCUCGCCGGGUCGUCGGCGCAUCUCCUUCUUGCGUUGUCGGCGUGCAUGCGCUCGAUGCUUGAGGUGGAGGGGGCGGAGCCGUACACUAUGUAG